AUGGAGGGGUGCAAUCCCAUGCAGAGAUUUGUUGAUAGCCCAAAGCCAUAUAACAGAAGGAAAGCGUGCGGAAUGCAAACAAGGAUGGAUUCUAGUGACCAUGGCGAUCGCCAAGGUUCGAGAGCCAGUGAAUUGCCAGGCAAGAUGGACAAUGACCGUGCCGGUCGUCAAGGCUUGAAAGCCUGUGAAUUCCCAGCCAAGAUGGACAACGACCAUGCCGAUCGUCAAGGUUCAAAAGCCUGCGAAUCACCAGGCAAAGCCUGUGAAUUGCCAGGCAAAAUGGAUAAUGACCACCCCGUCCAUCAAGGUUUGAAAGCCUCUGGAUUGCAACUGCAACCCAAGAUGGAUGCUACUGACGAUGGCAUUUGCCAAGGUUUGAAAGCCUGUGGAUUGGCAACCAAGAUGGAUACUAAUGACCAAGUCGACCGCAAAGGCUCCAAAGUAUCUGGGGUGGCAACCAAGAUGGAUGCUAAUGCUAGUGACCAAGGCGAUUGCCAAGGCUUCAAAGUAUGUGGCAUAGAGGCCAAGAUGGAUGGUAACGACCAUGCCGAUCACCUAGGCUCCAAAGUCUGUGGAAUGCUAACCAAGACAGAUGCUGAUGACCAAUGCAGUAACCAAGGUCCCUUUAAGGCAGCCGAGAGGUUAGAUCAUCUUCUAAACCAACCAGCAAACAGAUCUUGUGCUGAUUGUGGUGCUCCAGAUCCAAAAUGGGUGUCAUUGACUUUUGGUGUUUUCAUUUGCAUCAAGUGUUCAGGAGCUCAUAGAAGUCUUGGAGUACAUAUAUCCAAGGUGGUUUCGGUGAAGCUAGAUGAGUGGGCAGAUGAGCAAGUUGAUAUUUUAGCCGAUUCAGGUGGGAAUGCUGCUGUAAACAUGAUAUAUGAGGCAUUUGUGCCUGAAAACUGCACGAAGCCAAAGCAAGAUUGUUCAGCAGAGGAGCGUAAUGAUUUUAUUUGGCGAAAAUACGAGGCUCAACAGUUUUUGACUAAUCCCCAGCUUUCAUGCCCUCCGCGACGCAACGACAAACAUAAUCACCAGCCCCAUAGUACUAGUUCAAGUCGACAUGGUUUAGGCCUUUCAUUCAGGAACAGCUGGAGGAGAAAAGAACAUGAGUCCAAAACAGCAAAGAAAACAAUCGAGGUGGGUAUGGUAGAAUUUGUAGGAUUGAUUAAGGUUGACAUCCUAAGAGGCACAAAUCUAGCUAUCCGUGAUGUCAUGUCAAGCGAUCCUUAUGUUAUUCUUAACCUAGGACACCAGACAAUGAAAACAAAGGUGGUAAAGAGCAGCCUAAAUCCUGUAUGGAAUGAAAGACUUAUGCUUUCAAUACCUGACCCGAUACCGCUGCUUAAACUGCAAGUCUAUGACAAGGACACGUUCACUACUGACGACCGGAUGGGGGAGGCUGAGAUCAACAUCCAGCCGCUGGUUGCCGCAGCCAAAGCCUUCGAGACCUCGGCCAUCGCAGACACCGCCCAACUUAACAAAUGGAUGGCGAAGGAUGGCAUCUGGAUCCCGAGGGACAGUGCCAUCUCCAUCGUCAACGGCAAGGUGAAGCAGGUGGUCAAUGUCAGGCUUCAGAGUGUUGAGCGUGGCCAGCUUGAAAUGGAGCUCGAGUGCGUCCCUCUCACUCAAUAG